CUUCAUCGCGUUGGGUGCACUGCUCCGGCCGCAGUUGAGUGCGCAUGAUGCAGGGGUCUCGUGGGUCGCUAGCUCGCAUCUGGGAAAGCAGCCCGUCUUAUCCGCCGGAUGUGCCUAAUUUGCCUAACGGUAUUUGGUCACCUGCUUCCUCUCCUUGGUCGUCGGUGUCUACGUCUCCGAACACUUUUGGGGCGCGGUUCAAUUCAAUCCGGACACUGCAACACCUGGAGAACUCAAUCGCCUCACUCGGGAUCUCGGACACUUCACAUGUCUCUUCUGCAAAUUCCGUGGCGAUGGUGGACAACAACCGUUACCGACCGACUUCCGCAGCAGACACCAGGUGGAGCAGUUUUGAGAGCGAGCUGCAAACGUGGGAGAAGCGACUUUCACAGAUCCGACCCGGACGGCAAGGCAUGACUCAAACACAAUUGAACGCGUUCAUUGAGUUCCUACGCCGCCUCCGGAUGACCGUGCGUCGGAAGAGGGAAGAAGGCCUAGACUUGUGCGCUUUUUGCCGCAAUAAUGGCGAGCCCUUCGAGGUGUACAUCACUCACAAGGUGCGGGAUCCUUCUGGUCGCGUUAUCUGCCCGGUGCUACGUCUGUUAUCGUGUCCACUAUGCAAAUCAACUGGCGACAACGCACACACGAUCAAGUACUGCCCCUACCGAAGGCAAGAGUGUCUACUAUGAUUCGACUACUUUUAUAUGUUGUUGUAACUUGUGCUAACCUAUGCUGUUUCCCGCUUUUCUGUCGUGUUCAAAAUGUUCCUUGUAAUGCUCGUAAUAUAUACUUUGAUAUGCGUU